AUGUCGUGGGCUCCUCCCAGCUCUAGCGGUGCUGGGAAGGAGAACACCCCCUCACCUAACCUCUCCAGAUCACUCAUGCGAGUCCAGGGAAUGCGGCAAGCUCUCAACGUAGACACUCCUCGGCAGCAGCUAUUCCCCAGCGAUGUUGUGAAGAGUCGAUUGCAAAACGCUCGACAAGCAUCGGGAGAAUCGACCGAUUUCCUUCCUAAACAGCCCGCACCUGCAAAGACAACCGACAAACUUCCGCACCAGCGAACAAACUUGGAAUUGGUUCGCGUACCUCAGAAGCAAGUACCUACUGAAGCGGCGCCUCCAUCUCACCACUCGCAAGCGCUUCCCGUGGCAGGAGAACGUCUUUCUCAACAACUAUCAGUGAGCAUGGGCUCUCAAGAAUCACUUGAGCUAGAAAAUAGCUCUAAAGGCACCUGGAAUUCCCCGAGGGAAAUGGCGCGCUCGAGCGCAUCAACUGAUGUGCAAGGUGCUCCGCUGCCAGCACCUCUACACAUCAUUGAGGCUCUUAGAUCUGUAUCAGGCAUGAAUCGACGACCUUCUUUCAGCACUGCCUCCCUAGUCUUGAGCGGUUUCCCUGUAUCCCCAGACGAGAAGGAGAACCAGCCGCCCAAUGCAGAGGGUACAUGGGGCCCAAGCGAGACACUUCAGGAUCGCGAUGACAAAAUCGACCCUCACGCUCGAAUCUUUUCAGCUGCGGCCAUCAAUACUUGGAGAAGCAAUAUGGAGGACUACCCCAUAGUCCCUCUUAUCACAAAAAACCGAGAUCCGCGCACCGAUGAAUGCGAUAUUAACACUGAGACUGGAGGUCUUAUUGAGCCAGUCCGAUACAUCAAAUUGCAAAUGGAUGGCCAGGCAAAAUACGACUGGCGCCGAACGCAACUCACUUCUCAAGAGCGCAUCAUGAGGGAGAUAGCUCGCCGAGACGUUAUAAAGAAAGAGAUUGAACAAAGAGAGCAAGAGGAGAGGUAUGCAAACCCAACCUUUAAGGAGGAAAAGGUUCCUGAUGCCGCCUGCACUAUUCGACCGGUUGAGACCAAAGACUUCCAGGCUAUUGCAGACAUUAUCAACUUGGAGCGUCAACAGGGACAGAGCUCUCAGGUUUAUCUUCCCAAGAUUGACCACAGUCACAUUGCAACUCUUUACAACGCGUGCCGUCAAAAGCGCCGGCCCUUCAUUCUCGCUAUCCCUUCACCAGGACGAAUUCCCGAUCGUACCAACUGGUCUAAGGCCGAAGAGGACGAAUACCAGGAAUUCCUCAAGUUCAAGAAGUCCCGCGAGGCAUCGCAGCCGACUGUUCUCGGGUUUGCUGUCAUCACUGAUGCGCAGCAGGGCUUUCUGGACAGCGCCUUUCGCGGUUCCCGCUUCUCUGGUAACAUUAAAGUGAUUGUUCAUCCGCAGCAUCGCAAAAAACUUAUUGGUACGGCUCUCCUCGACAAGGUCUUGUCAUGCGUGAACAUCUAUCACCGUUCCGAGAUUGAAUACAACUGGGACUGCGCGGAAACUCAACAGACUUACGAGUAUGUAUCUGCACACAACCUCCGCAAGUACAACAAGGUCUAUGCAGAGUUUUUUUCCACUGGAAAGAAUGACCCCGAGGUUGAAAUCAUUCGACACCUUCUCAAGAAGUUUGAUUUCGAGUGGGCAGCGCACUUCAAAAACGCUGCCAAACAUGGAAAAGAAGCAGGCGUCUGGAAGGAUUUGAAUGUGUGGGAGCUGGAAGUACGCACGCCAUUUGAGAUUGACGAAAUUCCGGAGGAUGUUUAA